CACGGCGGCGUACGUAGAAAGCUGAACAUGCACUCUGCGCUGCGGCGCCAGGUGCUGCGCAAUUUGACGACGGAUCUAAUUAAGUACGGGCGGCUGGAGACGACAAUGCCGCGGGCCAAGGAGCUCCGGCGGCUUGCCGACAAGAUGAUCACGCUGGGCAAGCGCGGCAGCGAGCACGACCGGCACCAGAUCGAGGCGUAUCUGUACCAGCCGAAGGCGGUGGUUCCGCUGUUAAUGGACACAUAUGCGAAGCGGUUCGCCGACCGCCCGGGCGGCUUUACGCGCGUGAUCCCGAUCGGCAACCGCAAGGGCGACCAUGCGCCGAUGGCGGUGAUUGAGAUUCUGAAC